AUGGGAUUCUCCGGCUACUAUAAGAAGAUAUUGACGAUAGGCGUGCUGAUAUUAGCCUUGAUUGCUGGCUGGGUAGGUGUUCUCACGUAUACUAUCGUGGAUUAUACACAUCAAAAUCAGCGCCAUGCGUCAGAAGACAACGAUCGGGCUGAUGACGAUGAGCCCCCCGUUCCAGAAGUCCCGGAGAUUCCAGAGGUCCCGGAGGUCCCAGAGGUAUCAUCUCUGCGCCUGAUGUGUAUAGGUGCUUCGAUAACCCGCGGAGAGGGAUCGAGGGGUGGCCGCGGCUAUAGAAAACAGAUCAGGGACGCUCUUACAUCCUCAGGAAAGACUGUGAACUACGUCGGCUUCAACCGUUUUGGCGAUUGGGAGGAUAAUGAUGUCGAGGGAUAUGGCGCGUACCGGAUACGAACGAUCACUAAGAAUGCGAGACAAUCAGUUCCGGCAUUGCGACCCAACCUGAUCCUCGUGCAAGUUGGCACUAGCGACUGUUUUCAAGAAGAUGAUACUGAGAAUAUUGGCUCACGGAUGAGAAUCCUAGCGGACGCUAUGAUAGAUGCGGACCCUGAAGCAACGGUAAUUCUAUCGACGUUGGUUACAACGCCAGAUCCGGACUACGAGCCGUGCAUCCUCAGUGCUAAUACACAAAUCCGCCAAGUUGCUGAUGACAUGAUACGCGAGAACAAGACGGUCGCGCUGGCGGAAAUGCACUAUGACCAGGGACUACCAGAUCGUCCGAAACCGGAGGAUAUUGGCCCUGAUAGAAUUCACCCAACUGACGAAGGGUAUUCCAUGAUGGGUGACAUCUUCCUGGAGAAGAUCCGAGAAAUUGAAGAGAAGGGAUUUCUGCAACCACCCUUUAACAAUAGCAUACCUGACAAUGGCGACGAUGGACGAGAGGUGGAAGACGAGCUGAAAGCCAAGGCCGAGGCCGAACACCCUAUCACCAAGGGUUCGAGGAGGAGGAGAUACGUGGACACUACAUGACGUGUUGAACUUUCUGACAUCUCGUUAACGACUUUCAUGAUACACUAUUAGAUGGUGGCUUCAGGUGCGGAAUCGCGAGCAUAGAUAGGCGUCUCUGGUGUGCUUCGAGAAUGCAUGGAUAUGGGUUUCCAUGCUGCAUUUCCUAGUUCACACCCUCAUCUCUAUAAAGAUUCAUAGAAGCAUAGAAGCAUAGAUGUACGCAAGUCUCAUAUAGAUUGCGCUGGUUAACAGCGAUCAUUUUUUGAGGAUCA